CCUCCCUCAACUCUCUUCAUCACUCAAUAUCUUACUUACACACAUCUUCUUUUGCAAACCAACAGAAAAUAUAAGAGAAAAAUGGCUGCUGUAGUGAAGUUGGCAUGCUUGGUCUUGGCCUGCGUGAUUGUGGCAGGUCCCAUCACAUCGAACGCAGCUCUGACCUGUGGCACCGUUAACAGCAACGUGGCAGCGUGCAUUGGCUACAUAACCCAAGGUGGAACCCUUCCCCGAGCAUGCUGCACCGGUGUUAGUAAGCUUAACGGCAUGGCCCGUUCAACCCCGGACCGUCAGCAAGCUUGUCGUUGCCUUCAAACUGCUGCUAGCGCCUUAGGCCCUAAUCUCAACGCUGGCCGUGCAGCUGGAAUUCCCAAGGCAUGUGGAGUCAGUGUUCCUUUCCCAAUCAGCACCAGCACCAACUGCAACAGCGUGAAAUGAGCGACGGUGUGAUGAAGUUUUAGGGGACGUUUCGGACAUUAUAGUGUGGAUCAGAAUAUUAAAUAAGAUGUUCGAAUGGCUGUUUUAAAAAUGUUUUAUAGUUUCCUUCUUUUUUUAUUAUGGCGAUCCUAUGGACUGGUCUGUAAUGUUUGUACUAUGUUAUCGAACAACGUUAUAUGAAUUUCAGAUUUGAAGUUUA